ACGCUAUAUGAGAUCAGGCGCGGAUACAGAUGCAGUGUUCUUAAACAGCCGCACAAAUGGAUGGAACCGAGACGAACCGGAGAAACUGUGCGAAAACGGAGCAACAGAAUAUGUUAGACGCGGGAGGAAACCAAAGUGGAUCAAAGGACAGAGUAACUCUUAAAAAAGAAAUUGGUCUCUUGAGCGCCUGCGCUAUCAUUAUAGGCAACAUCAUUGGAUCAGGGAUCUUCAUCUCUCCGAAGGGGGUUCUAGAGCAUGCAGGCAGUGUGGGGUUCUCUCUCAUCGUGUGGGUUCUCGGAGGAGGGAUCUGUGCUCUGGGUUCUCUUUGCUAUGCUGAGCUGGGCGUCACCAUCCCCAAAUCAGGUGGAGAUUACUCUUACGUGACAGAAAUCUUCGGAGGACUGGUUGGGUUCUUGUUGCUGUGGAGUGCCGUGCUGAUUAUGUAUCCAACCACUCUGGCUGUGAUUGCACUCACCUUCUCAAAUUAUGUCCUGCAGCCUGCCUUCCCAAACUGCCUGCCUCCAUACAUCGCCACCCGGAUCCUCUCAACCGCCUGUGUCUUGUUCCUGACGUGGGUGAAUUGCUCCAGUGUGCGCUGGGGGACACGCAUUCAGGAUGUGUUCACUGUGGGGAAGCUGCUGGCCCUGGUCCUUAUCAUAGUUGUGGGAAUGGUGCAGAUUGCCAAAGGACACUAUGAUGCAUUGGAGCCACAGGCGGCUUUUCAGUUUAUAAAGGAUCCAUCAGUGGGGCAGAUUGCUCUGGCCUUCCUACAGGCCUCUUUCGCCUACAGCGGAUGGAACUUCCUCAACUAUGUCACUGAAGAGUUGGUUGAGCCACGCAAGAACCUUCCACGUGCAAUCUAUGUCUCCAUCCCCCUGGUAACGCUCGUUUAUACUCUCACCAACAUUGCAUACUUCUCCUCCAUGACCCCUCAUGAACUGCUGGAGUCUAACGCUGUUGCUGUGACAUUUGGGGAGAAGCUAUUAGGGAUGUUCUCCUGGGUGAUGCCCAUCUCUGUAGCUCUUUCCACCUUUGGAGGGAUUAAUGGAUACCUGUUCACCUCCUCCAGGUUAUGUUUCUCAGGAGCCAGAGAGGGUCACCUGCCCUACCUGCUGGCUAUGAUCCACCUUAAGAGCUGCACACCAAUCCCUGCCCUGCUUGUUUGUUGUACUGCGACCAUAGUGAUCCUGUGUAUCGGGGACACACAUAACUUGAUAAACUACGUGUCAUUUAUAAACUACCUCUCAUAUGGAGUCACUAUAGCUGGGUUGCUGUACUACAGAUGGAAAAAACCCAAAAUGGUCAGACCAAUCAAGGUAAACUUGUUAGUCCCUUGCAGCUACCUGGUGUUCUGGGCAGUGUUACUGGGCUUCAGUCUGUACUCAGAGCCAGUGGUGUGUGGUAUGGGGCUGGUGAUCAUGCUCACUGGAGUCCCCAUCUACUACAUUGGAGUGCAUUGGAAGAACAAGCCACGCUGGAUUUACAGUGUUGUGGAGAGAGUGACCUAUCUGGGGCAGAAGUUGUGUUACGUGGUGUUUCCUCAGGAUGACCUCUCAGAAAUACAGCCCCUUUCAGAGAAAACAGUCAAAUCUGAGCUGUGAGCCUCACCAGAACCUGCACUCCUGUUUGGAAUAGUUUUCCGUACGUUUUUGAGUGUUUUCCAUGUUUGAUGCUGUACAUGAGGAGAUGCUCAGUUGAAGGUCCUCAGCCAUUACAGCAGAAGAAACAGAAGUUCUUCAUUUUAUAGCAAAGACAUCACAUUUUUUAGUUGAUCUCCCUUUGCAUAUAUUUGUUCUGGACAUCCCCUUGUAACUGAACGCUCCUUCUCUUGUCACAGGUGACUUCCUAUGUCCUCUUAAUGUUUUCUGUGGGGGUUGGUCCAUUUUGAGAACUGUUUGUGUAUUCCCAUGUGCCUUCCAGGAUCUCUCUCUAUAUUUUCUACUCAUAGACUUUUUAGUAGUUCAUUGAAGUUCCCUUAUGUGAGCGAAGGGGACAUGUGCAGGCUAAUGGAGCCUGUGCACGCCUUUUUUUAACCGUCAUCUGUGAGUCAGAACUGUCCUAUAGUUCUCCUAAUAAUUACUCAUCAAGCAAAAAAAAAUAAAAAAAUAAGUAAUAUAUAGCUGCGCUCAACUCUAUGCAAAAAUAUUCUAUGCAUUUUAAUGUAGAAGCAUUUUUUUAGCUUAUAUUUACCUCUAAUAGACAUAAAGGAAUUGCACAAUUCACUUUUGCCAUGCUUUCUGAAAAAGCACUAAUUCUUUGCCACUGUUUAACAGAGGCUCUGCCCCAGCGCUCUUAAGCACUGCCAGAUGCUCCUGCCAUUUAAUGCUUAUAAUAGAAACCAUAGGAUGGCUCGUGGUUCCAAGUUUAUUCUUCUUUUCAACGGAUAACAUUAUCCACAUAAAAGGUGCUUGAAAUUUCAAAAGGCUGUCUUAGACAGACACUUUCAUUAGUUUUACGCUAGGAGAUGUAGUCCUCUACCCACUAAUUCCUUUCGGUAACCAAGACAUUCGUAUCUUUGACUGGGAUGUCUUUAUUUUGGAUGGGAAUGAGGAAAACUUCCAAUUUCUGGCAUUUUACUGAGCUAAGCAACAGCACUAAAAUAUAUUUCUCUUCAUUUUUAUACUGACAACCAAACCGGUUCUCUGUCCAACCAAUUUUGUGAUAAGAAUCCAAAUUUGUCAGGAUUUUUCUGUUUGUGAGAGAACCGUACAGAAAAGGGUCAGAAUCUUUUGUGCUUACAGUAAAUGUCACUUGAGUGCCCUCUUCUGGCCAGAUCCGUUUAAACAUGUGCUCAUGCGCUAUAUACAUUAAGCACCACAGUGCUUUUUCCUGUGCAUGGGUCCAGCUCAGUGUCUCUCAGUGAUAUUAGUGUCUAACAUGUCCAUUAGUCGGGCAGUGUUCAUGCCUUACUGCCCAAAGCAGUAAGGCACUUACAGUACAGUGAAAUCUUAAUGUAAAUAUACAUCAGGGAUUCAUUGUGAGAUCACAUUCCUGAAGUUAGUGAAGUGUGAGGCAUAUGUAUUAUGUAUAAUAAGACAAUUAUUAUGUAAUAUAAAAACAUAUGGAACAUUAUGUGUUCCAUAAUGUAUGCACUAUAGACAUGUAUGCUGAUAUACUUGUGUUUUGUAAAACAAAACAACACAAAACUUUAAAGGUGUUUAUUAAUAACAAUAUUAGCACAUUAAAUUUAAUUCUGAAAAGAG